UUUUGUGCAUUACUCUAGCUAGUUAGAGAGUACUAGUAAAAAUGGGUACUGGAAACAAUGUCAGGGUUUUCAUUUUGUUGGGUCUUUUGUUUGCUGUUGUAACCUUAAUCUCCUCUGAAGUUUCAUCUGCUAAGAAUCUAGCUGAGAAAACAACAGAAGAAGAGACUACAAAGAAAAAUGAUCUUCAAGAUGCCAAGUUCGGAGGGUUUAACGGUGGUGGAUACCCAGGUAACGGAGGGUAUCAAGGUGGCGGUGGAUAUCCAGGUAACGGAGGAUAUCAAGGUGGUGGCGGAUAUCCAGGUAACGGAGGGUAUCAAGGUGGCGGUGGAUACCCUGGUAAUGGAGGUGGGAACCGUAAUGGAGGUGGAUACCAAGGUGGAGGCGGACGUAAUGGAGGAGGUUACCGUAAUGGAGGUGGUCGUGGUGGUGGAGGUAGAGGAGGUGGUUACAGAUGCCGACAUGGCUGUUGUGACCGUGGUGGGUACUACAGAGGAGACUGCUACAACUGUUGCUAUUCUGCUGCUCAAGCCAAAGCCUUUGCUGCUGAAACUACAACUACAAAAAGUACUACUGCCGAUAAUCUCAAGCCAUAGAGAUGUUGCUCACUCUAUGUAUCUUAAUAAAUAUGUAUCGUUAGUGUGAAAUAGUGUGAUAUGUCUUCGAAGACGCAAAUUAGUAAUUAGCAUCGAAUCGAAGAUUCUCUUAUGAAUAGAUAUGAAAUAAAAUAAAAUGUUUUAUCAAUUCAUUA